CCAGAACUCCCGCAGAAAGAAAAGUAGACGAGAAAACGAAAGAAGAUCGAUUCUGCUCGAACUACCCAGGACGCGGUGUGACUAGGUCGGGAGCUCCUCUACCCCGCCGGCUCCAUACGAUAAGGUACGGCCGGGCUUGCGGUCGCCACACUCUCUCCUCUGCUCCUAAAGGGACAACAUCUCCUGAAGGUGGACAGCCGUUCGUGACCAGGGAUAUAAAAAAAACAAAUUGUGUGUGUGUUGCACGACGUUUUUCUGCAGCAGCAAACAUGGCGACGAGACUCAGGAACCUGUUAGUGCUGGUGUUCCUCUGCGCGACCUGUGUCAGAGCUGAGGAGGAACUCGACUACUCAAACAUGGUGGAGAGUGAGAAGACUAUUCUGACAGUGGCUGAUGCAGAGACCACGGACAAGAUCGUAAUCCAGCUGUUCAUCAUUGGAGCUGUGGUUACUGGAUAUUUCGUCCUGGUUCGAGAGCUGGGCUUGGCUGCGCUCACCAGAAUCGAUAUCGAGUUACUGGAAAAGACUUUAUUGGAACUCUUCGCCUCCCGAAGCGACUUUUUUGAUGAACCGCCAACAUACUCGGACUACCCAGAUUACCCGGGCCACUCGAGCUACUCGACCUACACCACAGGCGAGAGUUACCGGUCCUUGGGUCACGGCAGGUCCUUGCUCGGAAGAAUUCUCAGCAGCAUCGACCUAAUGGAUGUCACCUUCGGAGUCAUGGAGGUGGAGGAGGAGAGCUGCAGGAGGCGCGCCGUGUGCGAGCUCCAGAGGGCGGCCUCGAAGAUGCCUUUCAUAGGGACGUUCCUACAGAACAUCAGUCCUUCCAUUAACGGCAUGGAGAAGUACAAGGAGGCCCAGCAGUCAGGAUCUGCCCUGGAGGACUGCAAGGUCCUGUUCGAGUGCCCUUAUUCCUUCUUGGAGACGAACUGAAAAGACCACGACAGCCUACCUCUGCCUCCGGGCCUGAAAUGCUUCGGAUUUCAGGACCGAGGCUUCACGGAUCUGCGUUUUGAUGUGCUGAUCCGAGACUGAAUGCAUUGUUAUUGUUGUUAAUAGUGUUGUUUUUAUGAUUGAUGUAUAGAACAUGGACAUACUUUACGUUCCUUUAUUCCAGUUUAGUAGUCUGGUAUGUCUUAUAAUUUAGGAUAAUUCUUCUCUUGAAGUUUCUAUAGACUUGGAGAACACUAGAUAACCUGAUCUGAAUACAAUUGUACUCAAAUCUGCUGUGUUACACGAGUCGCAAUUAGUUAUGUAUGGCCAGUAUCAGAAGUGUGAUAAAUACUCUUGUAAAUGACAUUUAUUUCAGUGUUGACAUUGAUGUUGACUGAACGGGGAAGUUCGACAUAUGACAAUUAUAAUUUGUUGAAAGUUUGACGUGAAAUGAAAACGAUUGACUCUUGACAUAGGCUUGCCUCAAGACGCUUUCAAGACAAUAUUCAUUACGAUCUUGGUCAGACAAUUUCUGUUCAAUUUAUGAUUAACGUAGAAGAGACUUUGUUGAAACAUUAUGGAUCUCGGGGACUCUGCAAUAUUAAUGAACUGGGCAAUUUAACGUUAAGCAAAGGCAUUAAACAUUUCCCACCUUUCUAUACUGACGUUGACGAAAGACUAAACUGUGCAACACACUCUCAGUAACAUAUGCAACAUUUUCAUUUUAUCAGCAUAACUCCAUAGUGUUUAAGCAAGUGGCACUGAAUUGUUAUCUAUACAAAGAUCUCCAGUUUACUCGACUUCGUCCAUGUUUCCUCAUUCAUCUUAGCUUAAGGCGACACGAUAACAAAGACAGACAUACUGACCUGAAAAAAGAAAAGGGGGAAAGGGUAACCAAAAUUUGACGUGACUUGACUGGCUGACCUAAUACAGGCACCGACCUGACAAGAAGUUUAAAGACGAGAAAAAAAGACAAAUUGACCAGGGCACAAGUGCGACGUAGUCAUAAUCCUAUAAUGCAUCAUUAGACAAAUGUCUAUAUUAUACAUUCCACUCGUUUUAUUGCCAUUAACUCCUUGUUAUCCGCUCAAAAACACUGCUAUCACCGUGAACGUGUAGUCACAAACCUCACUGUUUAUUUAUCUAUUUAUUGUUGAAGCUUAACGCUGGUCGUGGCUACUCUUGCAGUGAUCGCUGUAGUAUUUUCUAAUUUAUUGUUAAUAAACUUUA